AUGACCAGCCCGAGCUGUGAUAGAUGUGCGAGCACCAAAUGUGUCUUGGAUGGCAACGCUGCCUCCCAGCCCAAGUCUAGCGGUCCCAAUGUCGGUGCUAUCGCCGGUGGUGUGGUCGGCGGUGUGAUUGCUCUCGCCGCCCUUCUUCUCCUGAUUUGGUGGUUCGUCAUCCGUCCUCGCCGUGAAGAGCGCCGGUCUCAACAGGAAAAGAGUGACACGUUCGCUGCCCAGCGAUCGGAGCGCAAGUCAACCCAGUCCAUCGCCUCAACCGUCCUCACCCGUGCCUCCAACGUCAUCCAAAUCGCAUAUAUUCCCGGUGUCACCAACCGAUCACCCCCGGAGACGCCUGCCUCGUUGGUACCUCCUGUUCCUCCACUGCCCGGCGCAACCCCAGAUCAGCACUUCUUCAUGCCCGGUGAUCUGCGAGACUCUUCUUGGACCGCCACCACCGGCCACCAGAGUAUCUCGCCCACCUUGCGUAGCAGUGUGGCCACUACAAUUUAUCGCAACGACGCCAUCGUCAGUGCUGUUCCCGCUCAGCAGAUCCAGCGUUCUCGGGCAAACAUUGUCAGCGUACACAACGGCCCUGGCGGCUCCGGUGACAGCACUCCAACACAACCUGUUCCGGUCAUGAUUACUCCCAGGGAUGCGCCCGCGGUGCCUGCUAUCACCUCAUCACAGCUCGCCAGGGCCGAAGCCAUGAAGGCUGGACCUGGCAGCUCGAUUGUGGCUCGCCAGGUGGUUGCCAAGCCUGUGAUGGUUCGCGGGCCCUCGAUGAAGAAAAAAGAUGGCCAGUCUAGCACGGAGUCUAGCAUGAAGGAAGUCAAGCCCAGCACUGCGAACUCGGCAAAUAGCAGUAACCAAUUCGGCCAUCACACCUCAACUUUUGACGACAAUUCAUCGGAUGAAGAUGAUGAUGACACGCGUCGUUCCACCCCGUCCCACUCGACGGGUGCAAAGGCGUCGGCCUCGGUCAAAGAAGACUCACACUCUAAGAGUCCCUUCUCCGACUCGGCCAGCACCAGCCACAUAGCCUCGGCACAGAUUCAACAAAACUCCCUCUACGCCAGUCAAACACCGCCCCCGCGUGUGCAAAGCCCCUUCUCAGACGCAAAUGAAGUUUCAUAA